UGCUGAUUACUCUAAAAUUCCAAGUAGUUACUUUUUCAGCAAAAAAUUAAAAAUAAAAAAACAGAAAUUACAAUUUAUAGUGUAGAUGUGGUUCUUCAAAUGCUCACAACAGACUUGACUUCUAGAUUGAGAAAUCGAGAUUAUCUGUCCUAAAAUGAUGUCUUAUUUCCUAUCCCAAUCUACGGGAUCCUCAAAAUAUGCAUCUAACAGCAAAUUACUGAGAGUCACUCCCUAGUGCAUGAACAUCCAACAAAAAUGAAGAAUCGCUGCCUCUGCUCUUUUCUCAUGCUAGCUCUCUUCCUUUCUGUAGAUGCAGGAGACUCCAAUGAGUGCGUGUACACACUGUACGUGAAGACUGGUUCGAUCAUCAAAGGAGGAACCGAUUCCAAAAUCAGCGUAACCCUUGACGACGCAAAGAAUCAAUCGGUUUGGAUCCCGAACCUGAAGGCAUGGGGUACCGAACCUGAAGGACACAACUACUUCGAGCGUGGCAACCUGGACAUUUUCACCGGUCGCGGACCCUGCAUCGGUUCUCCGGUUUGCCGCCUCAACCUCACCUCCGAUGGGUCCGGGAAACACCAUGGAUGGUUCUGCGAUAGUGUGGAGGUAACUUCCACUGGGCCUCAAAUGCCGUGCUCUCAAACCAUCUUCUUCGUCAAUCAGUGGCUCGCUAAAGAUGUUGCCCCUUUUAGCCUCACCGCCGUCCUCGACGGUUGCCGCCUUGCCGUUCCCCGUCGCCGCCGCGCCUUCAUUGUUGGAAAUCCCACGACGCAAGCUGCACAGUAUUGAAGAAAAUCAUUUCAUCUCACAUGAUGAUCAUUCUUUAAUUUUUCUUAAUAUUUGUAAUUUUUGUAUUUUUUAUUUGAGCUUAAUGGAUAUGUGUUUUCGGCGCAAACCCCUUUUACACAAACAUUCAAUAAGAUUUCAG